AUGCGGCUGGGCCCACUGACAUCACAGGCCCUUGGCCGUUCUCCUUACGAUGAGGUGGUCGAGGGCACUGGCGAGCCUCAGCCUGGAGCACCAGAGCAGUUAUAUGAUGACCGAGGACGACCAGUGAAUCCGGAGACACGUCGUAUCAACAGAGACAUUAUCCGCUCUCACAACGAAGUCAUGUUGGUCAUCGGCGUUGCGGAACCGGACAGUGGCAUCAACGAGGCCCAAGCGCUGUAUGAGGCGGCCACAAAGCACCAAUACUACGAAGAUGGAAUCGGUAGGAGGCUGUUCCUCACGGGUGAGGUGUUGGCCACCGUCGGUGUCUGGGGAGUUAACGGCUUGAGGCAGCGCAUUUUACUGUAUAAGGACUACGCCCACGUCCCCUUCUCUCGCCUGUUCGGCUUCCACAGAAGUCAGCAGUCAUGGGGAGAGUACAUCUGGGCUGGGCUGCCAUCAUCUGUCCUGAGCGAUAGUUUUGCUGGAUUCGAUAUGCCAGAAUAUCCCUGGGUCAAGUACGUGUUCGCAUGGGUUAACUUGCAUCUAGAGAUCUUUGUCUUCAUGCAACGAACCGGCCUAGUCAACACUUCGAGAUGGGUUCCUACCCUUGGUUUUUUCGUUCCCGGUUGCAAUGACUCCCCAAUCUUUCUACCAAAGCUCCCAUCGUCGUUUACCAAUGGAAGCAUCAUCAGCUGGCUCGGCGCCCUCGUCGCUGGUGUCGUCCCUUUUGCCGGCUACUGGUUCUUCUCAAAGACAUAUGCCCGGCUCGUCUGGUCUCUCAGGCGGAAGAUCCAAAGACGUUUGCCCAAACCCAUCAACUUCAGCAGGAGGAGGACCCUUAAGGAGGUAGUCCCCUACCUACAACCACCAUCGGGAACAUACAUCCCACCUACCCCCACGCCAGAAGAGCAACAAGCCCAACAGCAGCAGCGACAAGAAACCCAGCCACGCACGCCAACCCCAACACAACAACAGCAACGACAAGCCCCAAAUGCGAACGCAAUUGAUGCAGGCUGGGAGAUGGUUCACGCCCCUUCCGACGCCAUCCCAACCAACGACGCGCUUCCCACCGGUCCUCCACCAGACGGCACCCUCCGCCGUCAAAGCACCAUCUCCGUCAGCGGUGCCGCCGGCCUCACCACACCCGGCGGUCCCAGCAGCUCUUCAUCCAGCCAAACCCAAACCCAAGCUCAGCCUUCCCCAGCAGCAACAGCGGACGAAGCUCCCUUCCUCAGUGACGACGACGAAGAAACCGAGCACGUCAACCCGACCCUAAUCACCUUCGACGUCGACACAUCCGACUCUGCCACCAGCGACUCCGCUCCGAUUCCCCCAGGAGCAGCCGUUUGGGCCGCCGAGUUGAGGCCUAACGUGCCUGACAACUCCAGCUCAAACCGCAACUCCCAACAAACGGCUGCUACCAGCAGUACUCUGGGGCUGGAUGCCCCCCUCUACAGAGACAACGGCCUUACCCGCCUACCACAUGUCCUGGCUGCUGGAGCGCUAGGACUAUGUGCCGCGAGGGCGAUGAUGACACCCUUUGAAAGCUUGGCUUUGUUAGGACUGGCGAGACCGUAUGUUACGAGGCAAAUGGGGUUUGAGGGGGCGGCGUUGGACGUGGUUUUUCAUGGACUGGGGUUUCUGGAUGCGUUUUCACUGGAAAGGAUGUUUAAUGCGGUGGGGUUGGAGAUGGUGCAUCUGGUGCUGCAGUGCGAUUUGUGGGCGGGCAUGAUGUGCGUGGCGGAUUGGUUUAGGAUGAGUGAUGAGGAGUGGUGCGAGGCGGAGGGCGUUAAGAGGAGAAGUCAGGAGUGA